CCACGAAAACAUCUCGGUUGCGUGACGCUGCAUCUAGAACCAUGUCGACAGACGCUCCGCUCCCCUUCCUCCGUUGCUGACUCGCCGCGUCGAGCUCCUUAGUUCCGAUCCCGCUUAUACCUACGUCGAUCGACCCUCGCAGUUGAAUGUCCCGUGUGAAUACCUAAGUGCCACCAUGUUGGCUGUGCGCGACCAAGAGAACCUGGUCCACUCUCACCAGACCGUGGCCGCGUCGAAACCGCUGAACCAGGGCGUGAGACAUUUGCAGCCAAAGACCCCGAGAACACGGGCACCCAAGACGCCAUUUAAAGUUCCGUUGAACGAUGAGAAUGAUCCCUUGGCCUUUGGAAAGAAGACCGUGAAGGCGGGAGGUAAACAGAAGGACAAUAUCAGCUUGAUCACCAAAGAUGCCUUCGUCACUCCAUCGGCAGAUCCCCGUCAUCGUGCCCCUUUGGGCAUGAAAACGACAAAUGCUAAAGCCAAGGGGUUGCAGACUCCGGCGCCACCUGGAGGGACAGUGAAGCCAGAAAGAACCAUUAAAAGAGGUUCCACUCAGAGAGUGAAGAAAUUCGCUCCUUUUGUUGAGCAGAGCCAGCCAGAGGUCCAAACGAGGCCGGUGGAAGAUGAUGUCCCUGACAUCGAGUACAUGCCACCCAAGCCCAAAGAUCUCCCUGAUAUUCCGGAUGAUAUCACAUACGAUACCACGUUCCCGCAAUUCCAGCCGAAAAACCUCGCUCGCGGACUAGAAAGCGUGUAUGGCGAUAACGAGAUUGGCCCUGAUGGACUUACCAAGAGAGAGCGAAAGUUCCAGGAAGACUCUGCUGCUUGCGACAAGAUGAUUGAAGAGAUUAUUCAGAAGCAGGUGGAGAGCAUUGGCUUUGAGGAGACAUAUGAUAUUGUCCCAUCUAGCGGACCGCCCGCAGGGGGCGCUACGAAACACCGGAUGGAAACACGUCGGAUGAGAGCGGCUGCCGGCAAGCCGAAGUAUUCCAGCAAUAUCCCCACUGUUCGAGCUCGUGAUGCAGCUGCUGCCCUUUCCGAAACGCAACGUUCCGUUCCACGCACCAGACCCGCUGUUUUGUCUAAGCCUAGGGUUACCUCGGCCUUGUUCCCAUCCAAGAAGCCCAGAAGCCCUACCAAUCCAUCGAGUAUGCGCCAGAGUGCCGCUACCGCCACUUCUAAGUCGACGGUGGGAUAUAGUCGGGGCCGCGAGGUGUCGUCCAAGUUGCAUGGCGAGACGAGCAGCCCGGUGAAGCCGGAGAUGGGGCCCAAAGGAAUACUAUCUGCCGAGACUUAUCUGCAGCCCUACGGGACUCCACCUCUGAUCGCUGACACGAUCGGGUUAAGCUCCGAACAUGCGGAGGACGCCCUUCCCACCUUCGAGGAAGAUGAAGAAGCCGAAAACUUCCAAUUAACGCUGUGAUGUACGAUGGUUUGCGGAUCCCAGGUGAAUACAAAGUCUACUUCCGGCGUCCAGUAUGGUUUUCAAUGGGUCAAUGUUCUCGGUAGUUUGGCGGUGUUGGUGAUUUCACUUUUCCUCGCUUUUUAUUUUAUUAUCUUCUGGCCAGUGUCGUUUCAUCCCCCAUGCCUUGGCCUCUCUACGGGGCAGAAGACCGGCCGGGAAGAGCAGGUGGUACAGCAAGGCGGAGCACAGGACAUGAAAGGGGCGUUCUAUGAUAUAUGGUCUAUUACCGUGUGACGAGGAGCGUGGGGCUUGGCUUCGAUUGGGGAGGGCAUAUCAUCUUAUUUGAGCAUAUGAAUUUUGGCCGUAUGAUUAAUGGAGUCAAAUGGACACGUUAACC